AUAAGGUACAAAUUACUAAAUGUCUUCUACUAAGAAUUAGAACUAAACCAUCAAUUAUUCUAAACUUAGUCAAAAUCCAGCUUGCUUUUAUGGAUCAAGGAACUACAACUUGAUUAAUGACCAACGGAACACGUUCACAUUUAAAUAUUCAUAUUGGUGAUGGUUGGUCAUCCAGAAACGAAAUCGUUGACUGUUAUAAGGCUUUACAUAGUAUUGUUGGGGGAGUCACAGAGGAGUUUCAGAACAAAGGGAUUGAUUUCUGUAAUUCAGAGACAUCAGUUUUUGAGCAAAUGGAAGAUUCCGAGGUUGGCAACAAAUUUGGAGGUUCCCUUCCUGUUGAGAAUGUGCAGCAACUAGCUUCUACUAACUUGGAAAACAUCCCACAUCGAUACAUUCGACCUGAAAUCAACCCGGAAGACGUAAUCUCAACUGAUGAAUCUUCUUCACAGAUUCCGGUGAUCGACAUGUCCAAACUGGCAUCCGAUAGUAGUGAUUAUGCGCAAGAAAUGGCAAAACUUCAUCAGGCCUGCGAGGAAUGGGGUUUUUUUCAGUUGAUUAAUCAUGGAGCAACCACGGCUGUCGAAAAAAUGAAGUUGGUCGUAGAGGAGUUCUUUAAGCUGCCAUUGGAACAAAAACUGGCUUAUGCACAGCUGCCAAAUACAAUUCAGGGAUAUGGCCAAGUGUUUGUUUUAUCCGAAGAUCAAAAGCUCGAUUGGGGCGACAUGAUGUUCCUUGCCCUUUUACCAAUAGAAACCAGGAAGUUGCGAUUUUGGCCAGAUGUUCCCACCUCUUUCAGGUUAUAUAAUCAUAUUUUCAGUAUGAUCAGAUAGUAAUUAAAGUUUGCUAAAUGACUAAAUUAAUGUUUGGCGUAUUUGAUCUUUUCAGAUCAACCCUUGAUGAAUACUCGUUCGAGUUGCAUAAACUCUGCGUUGGCCUCAUCAGAUCAAUGGGAGCUAAUCUGGGGGCGGAUGUGGAUGACCUUAGUGGCAUGUAUCAAGAUGGCACACAAGGAAUAAGAAUGAAUUACUAUCCACCUUGUAGAGAAGCAGACCGGGUUUAUGGCAUUACUCCUCACUCUGAUGCAACAGGGCUAACUUUACUGGUUCAAGUCAAUGAGGUUGAAGGCCUGCAAAUCAGGAAAAACAGCAAAUGGCUGCCAGUUAAGCCUAUUCCAGGAGCCAUCAUUGUUAACGUUGGUGAUAUUCUAGAGGUAAUUCUAGAGCUGGUGUGGUCACGGGGUCGAUUAAAUUAUGUAAAACUUAUAUUUGUUGGUUUUGGUAUGGCAGAUAAUGAGUAAUGGCAAAUACAGAAGCAUUGAACACAGGGUUGUGGUUCAUCCCCAAAGAGAGAGACUCUCAAUGGCUGCAUAUCACGGUCCGAAUAUGACAGCGAAAGUUGGCCCUCUUCAAGAGUUUGUGGAGGAAAAUGGAGCUAAAUACAGAUCACUGGAUCAUGAGGAGUAUAUCAGAUUAACCAUAAAGAGCAAACUCGAUGGCAAAAGCUUGUUGGAUCAUAUGAGAAUAAGCCAGUGAUGAUGUGUAAUGAAUCUCAAUUGUAAUCAUUCUGGGUUAUUUUUUAUUUUUAUUUUUAUUUUUUUCACAAUGAAGAACUGUAUCAUCAGGGCCAUCAGGUCAAUCACCAACCAGGAAGUGGAUAGAGAAGUUUCUUUGCAUUGAAAUUUGAUUCAAGGUUGGAGAAUUCAGCAUUGAGAUUAAUCUUUCAAUAAUCGAGUUGAACAAAUACAUUUGGU